AUCCAAAGAUUAGUCAUCAGCUGGCAAUUUCUUGCAGAAAAACGCAAAAUUCCUGAAAAACUAUUCUUAAAUAUUUGGAAAUAUAAUUUCAAAUCAUAAAUUGAACUACUGAAAGUUAAUAACAGCAGUUACAAAAGCGACAGUAAUGAAUCGUCUAUUUGGCAAAGGUAAACCGAAGGAACCCGCACCGAAUUUGAACGACUGCAUCUCAGGGGUCGAUAGCCGUGCAAAUGCCAUUGAAGAAAAAGUUACAAAGCUAGACAAUGAAUUGCGGAAAUAUCGGGAACAAAUGUCGAAGAUGCGAGAAGGCCCAGCUAAAAACUCGGUAAAGCAGCGUGCAUUGCGUGUGCUCAAGCAGAAAAAGGCCUAUGAACAACAAGUGGAGGCACUGCGUAACCAAUCUUUCAAUAUGGAACAGGCCAAUUACGCCGCACAAUCUCUGAAAGAUACACAAGCCACCGUAAUUGCCAUGAAAGAUGGUGUUAAACAAAUGCAGAAAGAGUUCAAGAAAGUCAAUAUUGAUCAAAUCGAGGAUAUCCAAGAUGAUAUGGCCGAUAUGUUGGAACAAGCAGAUGAAGUUCAAGAAGCAUUAGGGCGCACCUAUGGCAUGCCAGAAGUCGACGAUGAUGAGCUGCAAGCUGAAUUGGAUGCACUAGGUGAUGAAAUAGCCCUUGACGAUGAUACCAGCUACUUGGAUGACGUGGUGAAGGCACCAGCAGCACCUGAUAGAGAGCCAGGUGCCGAUAGCAUUGUUCCUGGCAAUAAGGGUACAAUUGAAACUGACGAGUUUGGCUUGCCCAAAGUGCCCACUUCGGUUAAGACGUCUUAAACACAUUUAUUUGUAUCGAUAUAUUUUUCUUAGCAUUAGGGAAAAAACAUAGAAUUAAUUCAAUAUAUCUAAAAACUAGAACGAA